CCUCAACAUAGGCGAUGGAAUGACUUCCAAACCGCCUGACUCUCGACGUACGCAGCGCGUGCGCUCGUCGACGAUGGUCAACCCCAUCCGUGUCGAUAUGCCACCUUCCCCCCUCUCCCCUCGGCGGCGGGGUGGAAGCAGCUUCAAGACAUCCCACUUUGGGGAGACACACAUCCACUCGCGCGGAAUAGCGCACACACCGCUGACGGCGACUCGCAAGCUUCCCAGCGACCCGAGUCCUGAGACAUCGAGGCGGAGUAGCGUGGCCGGGCCGCCAGUGGGGCUGUCGAGCACCGCAGACCGCACCACGCUUAGCCUGUACACGUACACGCCGAACGUCAGCGUGGCCGCAGCUGCUGCUCAGAACAACAGCCUGUUGCCCGCCCCCGCGGCCAACCUUGCUUCAUCACGAAUUCAAUUCAGCUACGCGAGUUUGCCUUGGCCAGUGAAGGCCGGCGAUUACCUCGAGAUUCGACGAGUCCCCGGCGGAGCACCGCGUGCAGGUCCACCACUGCGCACCGGGGAUGGAGAAGCCGUGGAGGGCGUCAAGCCAAACAAAGGGCGCGACGGAUAUGUCUUCCAGGUCCGCGAGGACAUGCCUUCCGUUCCCCUCAAUCAGAUCCUGGUGCCGAACUCUGUCGCCAACGCGUACCGCCUCCAACAUCGGCAGGACGUCGAAGUGCUCAAAAUCUCGGACCCUGCCAGCGCUAACAUUGACUUCAUCGAGCUCCACUUCUCGCAGUAUGUUGGACGUGCGGACAUGUGGCGACUUGGCAUGAGCCUCGAGAAUACGACCGUGCACGUGGGCGAGAAGGUGACGCUUGCUGGCGGUGCGGUGCGCGCCGAUAUCCAGGGAAUCUGGCGUGGUCGUCACCGGUACUCAAGCGGUAUCGUCACAUCCAAGACGAAGACGAUCUAUCGAUCCAAGAGUGCGCAGACAUACAUCUUCAUUUCUAUUUGCCAAGAGACGUACGAGUUUGACGAGGACGGCGAGCAAUAUUAUGAGAAGAUCCUGCAUGGCUUCCUUCCCGAGCUGUUCCAGCGGUGGACUGCUAUAGGUGCAUCCCACCUCGUGACACUGGUGCUGUUUGCCCGCGCGUUCUACGAUGAUGAGGACGUCAAGUACAUGGAGAAGAACGAAGCCUGCCUUGGGCUCAUGAAGGACUUCCGCGGGCGAUGGUGCAAGGAUUUCUACCGCGUGGUGAUGGACUUCGAGCGCCGUUCCGACUGGCUUACGGCAUUGCCAGAGGUCAAGCGCGCUAUCCAGCGGGCGGAGCGAGAGGUGUUUCUCGAGUUCAACCUCGGCCAGAUGGCAGGCAAGGGCCACGACGGCGAGUGCAAGCGAGUGAUAGGUUGGUGGAGCUAUGCGUUUGAGGCGCCGAUCCUUGAGGCUAUCAAUCUGGCCCUCAACCCAUAUGACGAGCACUACAUUGACCGCGACUUGUCGCGUACCGGUUUAUCACUUAUGAUCCUCACGCCGGGCACCGGGCAUUUCUCGGUAGACAAGAAUCUUCUCCGAAUGACAACGGAGCGCAUGAUCGACCACGGAAUAGCCCUCGAUCUUGUGUGCAUGACCAAGAUGCCGCUGCACUCCGUGCCGCUGUUUAGUUACAUGAGCGAGCGGCCCAAGCGAACAAUGGACGAUGGCGGCGAGAUCAUCAAGAACAAGCCUGCCACCCCCGAUCCCCUGUAUUACGACGCACCUCAGGUGUCGGACCGCGACAUGGCGGAAUGCUACUCGCUCGCAUUCUGGGUGUACUGCUCAUACUACAGCAAGACGCACGACAAGCCAUUCCGCAGAGACCGCUUCGUCCCCCGUUGCAAGAUGUACGAGAUCCAGAUGCUAGGCAUUUUGGACCACAACCUGACAACCGUGAUUGUGCCCAUGCUCGACUGGGACGAGUCGCACUCGGUGGACAAAAAGGAGCUCACACCGGAGGACCGGCGGAUCAUGCACGACGAGUACGAUGCGAGCCUCUUCUCAAGCGGCAAACUUGAGUGGGGCAAAGAAGCUCUCUCUCCGCCAAGCACAACACGCUCCGGUGUCAGCACCUCCUUGGGAACGAGUUACCAGUCUAGCAAGCUGCACAGGGACGAGAGCAAAGGAUCGACACCCAACCGGCCCACUGGCUCGAGGACAGGCAGCAGGGAGCGCAUUGCGCGCGAGUCUCGCGAGUCUUUGUUGUCCAAGCGUCUUUCCCCUGCUGUCGAGGAGCCUUACAACCACACCUCCCUCCCAGACAUUACUGCCGAGGACAUGCCGGACGUGCCGCAUGCGCGAGCCGCACCGGUGCCUACGCCGGGACCGCGAUCAGACCGACGCCGACCGUCAAACGAGCAGACUCCGCUGGCGCGCCAGAUGCGCAUUGCGAGCAUGACGUCCAUCGACACGUCGCCGUCCCAGAGCGUUAUCUCGCUCCCAUCCGGCGCUUCCACGCCGAAAGGUACGCCAGCCAAGAGGCUCAAGAAUCAAAGCAGCCGCGGGUCCUUCGCCUCCCGCUUUGCAAGCACGUGGCUUUUCGGCUCCUUCAGUUCUCGAGCGUCGCCGUCCAAGGCGACCGCAGCGACCGAAACCGUUGAGCGACAGGAUGUCUCGGCAUCACGCAUCGACGUUGGCAACGGCAGUCUGCCGUCAUCGCCGGCGCUGAAGAAGCCCAAUCUUCCGCUGCCCGCCUCUCCUGCCCUCGCCCCCUCUCCGCUUCCCAUCAACGACCCGGUACCCCGAGAGCGGCCGUAUCUGGCCCCCUCGCCAGCCAAACCCAAGCCUGUGCCCCAGCGUCCUACUCAGCCGCUUCCCAUCCUCUCGGCCGCCGGCGGACGUCUAUUUGAUGAUGAGCAUCCCAUUGCUCGCUCCGUGCCCCGCUCCAUGCCUCGAUCCAUCCCGCGCUCAAUGCACAACUCUCUCCGUUUGGGCCGAUCAUUGGAUGACUCGUGGCGGAACAAGACGAACGCAGCCUUCGGUCGUACAGGCCAACACCGCACCAUCAACCCAUGCAACCCUCGCGAGCGUUUCGUUGAUGGUGGCAUCGAAGGGGGGCACGGGCGGCGGUGGCAGCACGUUCGCCCACGGAUGAGCGCCGGCAAGCAGCACGUCGUGAAGUGGCGCAGCUUGUGCGCGCCAGCGUGUUUGCCCCUCACGACCGACUUCAUGCCCACCCCUGAGGAGAUAUCGACGUAUUACGAGGCGCACAGCUACGACAUUGCCUGUUUCCCGGACCAGGUGUCGUUCCUGAUUCGCACUGAUGCCGCGGCAAUGAAUCUUCCGCUGGCUGUGAUGCGUGAGAUGGCCAGUCAGCGCCUCUCGCAGAAUUUCCAGUUUAUCGUCCUCCCUCACAACACUGUGCUCACGGAAGAGGCACAGAGCGCAACAAGUCUUGCCUUCAAGAAUUUGUUGUUGGCGGACAGCACGACGGCGGGUCUCCGCGUGGGCGGGGCCUCCGAGGUGCUCAAGGACGCUAACGGUGCAAUUUACCUUUCCUGGUCGAACCAUAUCCAUCGCCUCACAUUCGACCCCCAGAAGCAGAGCGUCACAGUUCAGCGCUUCGUACGCAAGAUCCGACACUCGACGAGGCCGCACGCCUACAAAGCCCUCGUCUGGCCAUACCAGCACGCCGGGUUCGAGGAGGCCACGGCCAUGUUCCGGUAUCCCAACAUCGAUGCCAAGCUCAACUUCAACUACCUCGACCGCCUCAUCGCGGGAGAGGAGGACCGCCUGCAGUCGAACUUACGCUUCUGGCGGGCGCGCUAUCUCUUGAUCCCCUCGGGGCGCGAGCCAACCUCUGUCGCUGGGCUGAUGCCCAGAGGCAGUCAGGGUGAGGAGUACAACACAAGCGAGAUCCUGAUAACCGGCGCGGUCAAACUGCUCGAGCUCAUGGGCAAGUACCAGUGGAAGGGACCGGGCGAGAAGCCGACGCCUCUCCGGCUCCUCGCGACGACUUUUGACCCGUCCACUUGUGUGCUCGAUGAGGGACUGUUGGGAGAACUGGAGCGUUUGACGAGUGGCAAGGAGAAGAUCGAGACCGGCCACACUCUCGAGGGCAUGACACUGCCUGCACUCGCAGACAUGAUGAACCGUCCCAAUAACGGAUUGAUUAUUCGCGAUCGAUACUGGGGCUUCAAGGUGCACGAGGACUCGUUCACGGGCGAUCAAUUCUGCCAAUGGCUGAUUGCGUCGUUCUCGGACGUGCAGACGCGCGAACAGGCGGUCGAGUGGGGCCAGUCGCUGCUGGAGAAAGGCCUAUUUGAGCACGUGAAUGGCACGCAUACGUUCCAGGACACGAUGUUCUUCUAUCGUUUGAGUUCGCAGUACGACAAGGACGUCAAGGGCCGCGCAGCCAAGAGCUGGUUCAGCAAGGCGCCCGUUCCUCGCGCGCCUGAUGCGCCCAGUGGCCCCGGCACGUCCCCGGUGGCGCGCGCUUCUUUGAAGCUUACGGACAAACCGGCCAAAAAGAAGAAGGUCAAGAUGUCCCAGAGCAUAGUCAUUGACUUGGAUCCCCACCGCAAGUCAGACCGGGCCGAGGUGGCCAUGCUCCAUGCGGACAUCAUCCACAACAGUCGUAACGCGUUCCACUUCGAGCUUAACUGGCUUGGUGUGACUGCCGGCUUGCUGGACGACCUACGCUUCAAGUGCUCCACUCUGGCGGAGCGGUACGGCCUACGCUUCGUCGAGGCGCCUGUCGAGCAGAUCAAGGACGUCAGCUCAAAAUGUGCCUUCCGCGCGCCAUUACAGAUCCGCCUCGCUCUUGCACCACCCAUCUACCCGGACCUGCAUCUGCGGUUGGCCGAGAGUACAGGCCCGGCGCAAUGCGCCCAGUUUUUCGAGUAUGCGAUCCUCACGCAGAAGUUCGGCUUCGUCCUCGAUGUUGAGGCCAGCGAUCGGUACCCCGAGACGAUAGAGGCCGACUACGCGUACCGCUCCAAAACCAAGUUCGAGUACUCGCAGUUUGUGCACCGGUCCGGUCUCGCGCUCGUGCAGUGCCUCGGCAAAGAGGAAGGAUUCCUGUGGGUUGACAAUCGACCCUUCAUCUCCGCCCCGACGAGGGGCCGGAGCCAGUCCGCGCAGGGCGACCAGGGCAUCACGCCCAUGGCGAGCAAACAGGAGCAAGCGAAGGCUCUGCGCUUAGAUUUCAUGGCUUUCUGCGCGGACCGCAGCGCCCUCCUGAAGUUCUACAACGAAGUGACCCCUCCUCUGCCCCUCGAGGUCGCGCUCACCGCGCACUCGGUUGACCUCUCCAAGCAGGAGGGCGAUGUUACACCGCCGGACGCGUGGGCCGGUGGGUUCUGAGAGGGGGCGCGCUUAUACAGGCUGAAUAAUUCUAGUUUCUAGUAGAGCAGAGCAGUAGUGUACAUCAAUGUAAAUAACGCAGUCGACUUGUACCGUAAACAUGGCCCCGGCAAUGG